CUUAAGUGCACUGAUCCAUGCUAUGUUUACAACGGGUCCGAAAUAAAAAAAACUUUAACAGUAGUACGGUAACUAUAUGUUUACUGCUGACUUUAGAAAGAAAGAACAGAUUGCAAUUAUGACGGAAGUUAAAGUUCCUGAUGCAGGUGGCGCGACGGUGACUAUGGUGGAUAUUGGAGGAAUCGCAGUUGGUAGUUUCUUUAAACAAGCGCAUGAGAUAAAACAGAUAGUUGACAACGUUCGUAAUUUUACGUUUCGUGACGAAGACAUCAUGCUUUGUACAUUUGGAAAAACUGGCACGAACUGGGCUUAUGAAAUAUUGAUGAUGAUUCAGAAUAGGUCGGCUUCCCGGAUAGAAUCAAGCAAAGUGUUUACUAUGCUUGAAGCUAAUUUUGCUGAAGUGAUUGAUAAGCAACCUUCUCCCCGGAUUAUAAACAGUCAUUUACCACCCAGAUUUCUUCCUCAACCUGGAAUGACAUCAAAGAAAAUCAAAACGGUCUUGUGUUUAAGAAACCCAAAGGACCAAGCUGUGUCAUACUAUUGCCAUCUGAAGGGAAUAACGUUAAACGACUAUGACGGAAAGUGGGUGGAUUGGCUACCAGAGUUUUUGAAGGGAAAAUUUGAGUAUGGGAAGUACAGUGAAUAUUUGUCAGAGUGGCAACAUUUAGCAGGCGACAAUCCAGGAUUUCCGCUUCAUAUCAUGUACUACGAGGAUCUUAAAAAGGAUGGAAGAGCUGAAUUAGACAAAUUACUGGCGUUUCUUGGUGUACAAUUAGAUGACCAGCUGAAACAGGACAUCAUUGAGAUGUGUAAGUUCGACAAAAUGAAAUCAGAUAAAGGUAAAAACUACAAGCCGUUCACGAAAUCGGACUUCGAAUUUUUCAGAAAAGGUGAAGUUGGCGAUUGGAAGAAUUGGUUCAGUGACGCUCAAAAUGAACUGUUUGAUGAUACCUGGAAGAAGGAAACUAAAGACUUAACUUUAUUUAAAUUUAGAUAUGUUUGAAUAUACCUAAUCAAGUUUACACAGAUGUGUAAAG